UUGGUCAAUCUGUUGAUGGUUAUUGAUCGGGUCAGUCGGUGGUUUGGGGCCGUUACAGUCUCAUCAGACGGUGGAAACACUUCCGGUGGUCCAGGUGGUCCCAGGUGGUCCCAGGUGGUCCAGGUGGUCCCAGGUGGUCCAGGUGGUCCAGGCGGUCCCAGGUGGUCCAGGUGGUCCCAGGUAGUCCAGGUGGUCCCAGGUGGUCCAGGUGGUCCAGGUGGUCCAGGUGGUCCCAGGUGGUCCAGGCGGUCCCAGGUGGUCAAGGUAGCCCAGGCGGUCCAGGUGGUCCAGGUGGUCCAGGUGGUCCAGGCGGUCCAGGCGGUCCAGGCGGUCCAGGUGGUCCCAGGUGGUCCAGGUGGUCCCAGGUGGUCCAGGCGGUCCCAGGUGGUCCAGGUAGCCCAGGCGGUCCAGGCGGUCCAGGCGGUCCAGGUGGUCCAGGUGGAGGAGAUGGCGGAGGAGCAGACGGUUUCUCUGGUGGACGUUCUGGAGGAAGACGAGGAGUUGGAGGAAGAAGCUUCGGCCGUGCUGGCAGGAAGUGACUCUGAUCACUGCUCCUACCCUCAGGGCUACGUGCGGCGCCAGGCGGUGUACUCCUGCAGCACCUGCAGCCCUCAGGGAGGCGAGGCGGCCGGAGUCUGUCUGGCCUGUUCAUACAAGUGUCACGAAGGUCACGAGCUCUUUGAACUCUACACCAAGAGGAAUUUCCGCUGUGACUGUGGAAACAAGAAGUUCUCCCAGCAGCAGUGUAAACUGUUUCCUGAGAAGGACGACGUCAACACUCUGAACAAAUACAGUCAGAACUUCUUUGGACUUUACUGCACCUGCAGCCGGCCGUACCCCGACCCCGAAGACCAGGUGGAGGACGAGAUGAUCCAGUGUGUGGUGUGUGAGGACUGGCUGCACGGCAGGCACCUGGGCUGUGUGACUCCAGACUGUGUGGAGCUGCAGGAGAUGAUCUGUGAGUCCUGUAUGAACAAACACUCCUUCCUCUGGACCUACGCCGCCCACCUGGCAGUUUCAGGUGCAGCAGUUCAGGUGAAGCAGGAAACAGAAGGUGAAGAGUCAAAUACCAACAAAGAAGAAAAGGCUGAUGAUGUCAUCGAGCCCAGCUGUAAGCGGAGCCGCGAGGAGGCGGAGCCAAGCUGCAGACUGAAGGAGCUCCAGGCGAUUGGACGGAAGAGGGACCAAUCAGGAGCCGUGUUCUGGCCGUCAGCGUGGCGCUCCAAACUCUGCUCCUGCAACACCUGCAAGGAGCGCCUGGCGGACGGCGGCGUGUCCUUCCUGUUGGACGAGUCCGACACCGUCCUCGCCUACGAGAACGAAGGAAAGAGUAACGAACAGAACCGACAAGGCCACGACCCUCUGAUGUCAGCGCUCGACAACCUGAACCGCGUGCAGCAGCUCGAGAUCAUCCACGGAUACAACGACAUGAAAACAGAAUUGAAGGACUUCCUGCAGAGAUUUGCAGCAGAAGGACACGUCGUGACUCCUGAUGACAUCCGGCGGUUCUUCGAGCAGCAGCAGAGUCGUAAGAGGCGACGAGACGACGCCGGACGUUUCUACAGUACUUGAUGACCUUUGACCUUUCUUGAACUCCGUCUUUUAUCUCAUUCUGUGUUAAAGUGUCGUCCACACCAACAAUGAUAACUAAACUAAACAUUUAUGGGUUCAGAAAUCAUUGUAACUCCAGUGUAUUCUGGACUUUAAACCAAAUUCAAGACUGUGGAUCACCCAUAUAAAAUCUAUGAGAACCAAUAAAUCUUCCGAGUCACUCAGAACGUCAAUCUUGGUGUCAAAAUCUACAUUUUCUGGGUCAAAGAAUCAUUUAAACCUGUUGAGAAUAUCACUAGAUGAUUAUUUGAUCUAAUAUUUUCAUUUUCAACAUGUAUUUACGUCAUUUACAACUCAGUUCCUAAGUGAUCAGACACACAGUCAUGGAAAAAAUGAUUAGACCACCUUGUUUUCUUCAGUUUUUAGACAUAUCUAGACAUUUUCCAUGAUCUUCUUGAUAAUGAUUUUGGUCAUAUACAGUGCAUGAAGUCUGAAAAAUGAAUAACAUGCAUACAUUUAAUUGAACUUUAUUAGCUUCACUCGUAUUAUUUGUUACAUUUACAACUAAAAUGAACAUAUUUAUUUGAUCAAAUAAUCAUCUAGUGAUAUUCUCAAUAUAGUCCGGCAGCUUAGGACCAGAUUUAAGAAGAAAGCGGACACGUCGGACAAAAGCACCACAUUUUUUCCACAUGCUCUGCAUCACUAUAGGUUUAAUUUCAUCUAGAUUGUGGAUCGGAGAUGGCAGCCAUAUAAAAUCUAUGAGAACCAAUAUAUCUUCCAAGCCACUCACAAGGUCAAUCUGGGUGUCACACUCAUAUCAGAUAUUUUUGUUGUUAUCAUUAUAUUUGUCCAAACAAUUGUACCUUUAGUUGUACCAGACAUUAAAAUGCAUUGAAAAAAACAAGUUAUUGACCCUAAAAGACACAAAAUGACCAAAAAAGACGUAUAAUAACCAAUAAAAAACAAAAUGACCAAAAAAGACUAAUAACCAGCCAUAUAAAAUCUAUGAGAACCAGUUUAUUAUAUCGUAAAAGCUGCUUUAUAAAUGUUGUAUCUGCUGUUGAGGGGAGUUAUCGUUGGUGUGGACAGCCCUUUAGUUUGUAUCUUCACUUUAUUUUUAAUAAAAGUUAAUGAGCUGAACAACA